UUUUAUGAAAAUGUUGGACAUUUGGCUAUAAGUGUGCCGUUGCCAUGACCUUUAUUCAGUCAAGUCGCAAUUGCAAUAGCAACAGCAAAAGCAACAGCAGCCCCAGCGUAUUUUGUAAAUACUUUUGACAUCUACGUCAACAACUACUACUAAUUACAACGAGUAAUCUCUUCCAUUUACCUCCCAACACAACACCUACUCCUACUCCACCCUGUACUUCUCAACCCCUCUCAGCGCCCUGGGUAAAGAAAUCAAAUAAAUCAACGUUAAAAUGGCAUUCAGUUACGCCUGCCUUACACUACAACGUGUAGUCCUACCAAUUGUUUUGGUAUUAGCUGCACUUUAUCGUCCUGUUGGUAUAUCCUUUGUAUACCUGUUGAUGUUUUUCGUUUCGCCGUUUAUACCGGUGGCCACAAAACAGAAUUUCAAAGGUUCUGUUACAGCAUAUUUUAUAAUUUUAUUAGCAUUAAGUACAAUACUCCUACUAUGUCACAUUGGACUGCAGGUGUCGAUAUUUGCCUUACAUAUAGGCGAUAUGUUUGGCACGUGUACGGUGACCGCAAGGCUGCUGAGACACAUCGGAUUUAUAGCCUUUCAGAAUCUGAAAGCCUUUGCCAUUGUCGAAUGGCUGGCGCCAGAGGUGGUAGUCUUUAUCACAUCUCUGGUGGUGUACUUAAUCUCUAAGAAAAUAACACAAACCGUGGAGCCUCAACUGGAGAAUGGUGAGGGUGGCGAGGCGAUACGGGAAAAUGGUGGCAGUGGUGCCGGUGGUGUUGGUGAAAACCAAACCGAGGAAUUUGUUAACGCCAUUGUCGAGGAUGCACAAAAACAAAAGCAUGUUGUGGUGGCGUCAACGGCAGCUGUUGCAGCUGCUGCUGCUGCCGACGAUAACAAUAAGCCAAAUUUCGAUGGACUGAUAAAAAUAUCUCCCCUAUUUUGUUUGGCAACCCUCUUCUUUUCGGCCGUCCUUAGACCAAGUGUACCAGGUGGUUUUUAUUUUUUAAUAUUUCUGCUGUCGGGUUCAUAUUGGGCAACGUUCCAAACUUUGCAAAGGAAAUUUGCCAUGUUAUUACGUUUUGUUAUGGUCGUUAUUGUGGCCCAUACCCUUUGCAUUGUGGCCUAUCAAACGCCUUGGAUGCAGGACCAUUUGGAGAAGACUAGUUUAACAGCCAGAUUAAUUGGCCUUGAACCUCUGGUGACAUCGAAAUGUUCCGAAGAUAUUCGCAUCAUUGUCUACAAUACAGAGUACAAAGCGGACUCAUUUCUCAAUCCUAUUGUGUUAUUUUUCACAUAUUAUGCUUUAGCCUUAACAACAAAGAAUCUCAUUAAAAUACGGAUCAUUGCUAAACAAGCCACUGCUUUUGGCCAAGAUAUCGAUAACAGUAGUACCCAUAAAAUACAACGUCAAAUAUCGCUGAUUACACAAUCAUCCCGUAGUAGCAAAAAGGACGGUAAUAGGAUUAAAACACAACGUCUCAAUGUUACUUUACGCCGUGAUCAACAACGUCCUCAAAUUAUAAUCGAACCGACUGAAACGACGCCUUUAAUGCGUGCCACGACACGCAAACCUGCCAAUGAUACGAAUAGCAGCGGUGCUGUGAUGGCACAAGCGGCCUCCAAUGAUAUACCCUUGAGUAGCAUGGAAACGAAUCGCAAUAAUCGAGAGGAGGAAUAUAAAUCGGGUAUAUUGGAUCAAAUAGCCUAUGGCAUUACAGGAGUGGGUGGAUUUAUCUACCAAAAUAGUUAUAUAUUCACCAAUGUGCUGAUGAUGGCCUGGUCCAUUAUCUAUCACAGUUGGUUGACAUUUGUUCUACUGCUGUGGGCCAAUGUCCUAUGGAUGAUACCAAAUCAACGCAAAGCCAUGAUGCGUUCUAGUCUCUUCAUUGUCAUCUAUGCUGAAUUGUUACUCAUAGCCCAAUAUAUCUAUGGCAUGGAUUUGACAAAUGAUGAAUUGCCCUCAAAGAUUUAUAUCACUGGCAUAAAUCUGCAACAAAUUGGCUUUGAACGUCCCAAGGACAAUGAAAUGCAACCAUGUGUACCUCUCAUAGUGAAAACUUCAUUCUUGCUAAUGUUCUGGGUCACCAUGCGUCAAUUUUUCAAAGAGAAAACGGAAAAACGACGUGACAGCACACUGGCCGAUAUGUUUGCCCCUCUCCAUUUGUCGGUGCGCUCCUCGGGCGCCAAUGAUGAGGGUGAUGCAGGUGCCGAUGGCAAGAAAACCUCAAAGUUCCUAAAGAAAAUAGGCACCGUUAUCAAGAAUCUCUUGGUUCGUUUGUGGAUAUGGCUGCUGAUAUUGGUCAUAUUCCUGUGUGCCAUGACGGGUGAUAAAAUGACUGGCUUUAGAAUAUGUUACAUGGCAUUGUUCCUAUUCUUUUUGCUGGUAUUCCAAUCAUCCUCAAAGGCCUGGGUUAAACUCAUGUACGGAUUUUGGUUGUUCCUAAUCUUCUAUGCCAUGUCCAUAUUGAUAUUGAUCUAUACGUAUCAAUUUGAUAAAUUCGAUCAAUAUUGGAAUGAUUAUCUGAAUAUAUCGAAGACUUUGCAAACUGACAUUGGUCUGGAACGUUACAAGACCAAAGAUUUACUUUUGCAUUUCAUAUCGCCCACCAUUAUUGUCAUUCUAACUGUUAUACAAGUUCAUUAUUUCCAUAAACGUUUUAUUGCCUCAAUGAAUCAAACGCCAAUGGUUGAAAAGCCCGGUCCUGAUAAUCAACAAAGACAACGCACUAAGAGUGGUUCACGUCCGGCCGACUAUGAAAUAAAGGAUUUCACCGAAUCGGCUGGCGAAUUGGUGCGUUUGUUUUUGAGACGUUUCCGUCAGAAGGCUGAAAAAUUCCUCAAACACUUCAAAGGUGUUUUCUGGAGUAUAUUGGAAUUGCAUUGGAUUAAGGUUGUCUACAUAACGGCCUUUGCUUGUGCCGUUAGUGAGGUAUCCCUUCUUCAUGUUCCCUUCAUUGUAUUGUGCGUUAUUGGCGUAAUAUCCAAUGUACGCAUGCGCAUCUUUUUCAGUCGUGUCAUCUCAUUAGUGGUCACUCUAAUUGUACUCUCUAAAAUGAUCUAUCAAAUUGCCUAUUUGGAUCAUACCAAAUACAAUGCGAUUUGUGUGGAAAAUGGUCAAAGUAAAGUAGUGGGCAACAAUGCCGAAUGGUUUGGCCUCUUUAAAGCCAACUCUGAGACUGGUCUAAUGGGUCUGCUUAAGAAGUACAUUAUCUACAUGGUCGUAGCCACAUUACAUGCUGUCAUCUCAUUGCGUCAAUAUCAGAUGCGCCGUUUGAAAGGCACCCAAAACGAUCCCCUGCCCAAAGUACCCUUCCCGGAAGUAACCCGUGAAGAUGCCGAAAAGAAAUUGGAGAGCAUGAUAAAAUAUCUACUUAACUAUGGUUUCUACAAAUUUGGUUAUGAGAUCUGUAUGAUUGCUUUGGUGUCCACGAUAACCUAUCGUCAAGAUAUUGUGGCGGUGGCCUACGCAGUGUGGUUGGUGUUAUUGUUGAUCUUCAAGCGGAAAAAGAUAGCCCACUUCUGGGGUGUAUUUCAGAUAUUCAUAUUGAUAUCGAUUAUAGUGCAAUACAUCAUUUUGGUACAACUGCCACCCACAAUGUGCACCAAAUAUAUCUGGGAAGGUUCACCAUUUUCCGAAUCCAUACAAAGAUGGGCCAUGCUGCCGGGUCAUUUGAAAUAUGAUCAUACGAAAAAACUCAUCUUCGACUUUAUCCUUUUGCUCUUGGUGAAUCGCCAAAAGCGAGUAUUUUCCAUUGAAAAUAUACCCAACUUCCCGGGAGGCAGCAAUCAAUCCGUGGUCAAGGAUAUUGCCAAUCUGGGCAAAGUGGAAUUUGUUAAUCCCACCCAUGAUUUCCUAUCGCACAUGCGUAAUUAUUUGGAUAUUUUCAAGCAUGCCAUUCUAUGCGGCUUCUAUUGGGUCACUUUGGCUGUGGUAUUUUUGGCUGGCACAAGUAUAGCGGACUUUUUGGCUUUGGGUUAUCUGAUAGGAGCCUUCUUGUUUUUGUGGGAAGGCUCUGAUUACUAUUUGCGACCCAUCAAAUCCAUUAUAAAUCGUUGGAAAAUUCUUAUAGCCUAUAAUGUGGCUAAUAUUGUGGUCAAGACCUGUCUACAAAUGGCCGGUUGCAUGUUCAUGGACACAUUGGUAACCAAAUGCUGUUGGCUUGUUCAUAUUUUGGGUAUAAAUUGUGCCAGCAAUGGACCACCUCCAGCGGAUAUAGAUGACAAUGAUGGUGGUUGUCCUGCGACAACAGUACAGGUGGUUUUGCUCUGGGAUUCCAUAUGUUUCGCCUUUCUCAUUUUCCAGUUGAGAAUAUUCAAGUCGCAUUAUUUCUGUCACAUCAUUACCGAUACCAGAGCUAAUAAUAUUUUGGCAUCAAGAGGUGGCGAAAUAAUUGAGCACUUGCGUCAAAAGCAAAUUGAGAAGCGCCAAGAAUAUGAAGAAGAAGUUUUGCACAAAAUCAAACGUAAGAUGGAAAAGAUACGUGCCACUCAACAGAAAAUGUUGAGGCCCUUAGAAAAACCCACCCAUUUCGAUGAACAUGGAAACCCAGUUUAUGGCUCACGACCACAUAAAAGGAAAGAAAUUAAAUUGCAUCCUGCCGCUGUUCGAGCCGGUGAUUACUACAUGUUCGAAGAUAUUGAUGAUAAAUUUGAAUUGGAUUUGAUAACGGACAGUGAUGGCCUAUUCGAUAACGAUAAUGAGAAUAUCACUGAAAGUGAAAUCAAAAUGAAUCGCCGAAAGACAUUAUAUGAUGAAAGUCAGAAGCCUAAACUUCAAAAGGAUACUCUUAUUGAUACUGCGGGACCUUCAACCAGCAAAGCUGGCGAAACUCAAGGCAAGGCGCCUGAACAUAGGCAAAGGACCGAAGUCGAUAGUGGUGAUUUAACGGAAAAAGAUACUGAAGAAGAUUUCGAAGCCAAUCCCAUCAUACGCUUAAUGGAAGGCUUCUUAGUUUCUCUCACCAUACGUUUGAAUCGUUUUUCACGCAAUUACCGUUAUGUCAAUAAAAUUCUGGAAGAAGAAAAGAAAGCCCUCAAGGAAUCGAAUCAUUUAUACAUGUUCAAUGGACGUUUUAGUGGGCGCAAUGCUGCAGCCAUAUUCAGUUUAAUGAAACGUAACAUAGCCAGUGAUGAUAAUAGAGAAGAUGCUAUACGUUCAACUGCUAGCGCAACAUCAUCCAACAGGAAUUCUAACAGCGCACCCCACAAUCUUAUAAACAUACAACCACAACAACAACAAACUACAAAUCACCAACAAAAUACGUUUGAAUCUAAUUUACAAUCACCAUCACAAAAUCCACCAACCACUACCUCAACCACCACCAUAUCAACAUCACCAUUUGAUUUACAACGACAAGUAGCAUCACAGCCUCCUCCCUCUCAGCAACAAAUACAUAGUGAUGAUAUCAAUGCCAUAGAGCCAUCAUCAUAUGAUGUCGUUGAUAGCAAAGAAACUCUUUCGGAACCCAAUAGCAAUAAACUUGUACGACCAAAAGGGCGUAAAUCUGAGCCCUUACCCGAAAUACGCAUUAAGGCCCCCUCGUUCGAUCGUAGUCAUCGUGGCUCAGGUUCUCUAAUAACCAAUCAACAAUGGCCUCAAGAGAAGGUUACCAGCACGGAACUGGCUUUUGAUGAGGAUGAUUUCACUGCUCGCGAUCACAAUAUCAUUGUUGAAGUUUUAAUAUCUGCCUGGUAUGCCAUUCUUUCGAAUACAGAUUUGAUUUGUUACAUUGUUGUGUUUAUCAACCAGAUUGUCAAUGCCAGUUUGAUAUCAUUACCCUUGCCUCUGAUGAUCUUCCUGUGGGGCACUUUGUCAUUGCCACGUCCUACCAAGACAUUUUGGGUCACUUUGAUAGCAUAUACCCAGGCCAUAGUACUUAUUAAAUGUAUAUUCCAAUUCAAAUUGAUAUGGGCCAAUUAUCAUUAUAAUCUACCCAAUAAUCCAUUGGGCAUAGAGAAACUAUUUGGAGUUGAAAUGAUACCGGACUAUGCUACAUAUGAUUUGCUGUUGUUAUUGGUGCUGUUUUUCCACAGAUUUAUAUUGAAAUCCCAUGGAUUAUGGAAAAUUGACAACUAUAAAACUGUGCUAUUCCAAAGCGAAGGUGACGAGGACCGCCAUAGUCUCAAUGCCUCCAAUGCUGAUGGUGAUGCCAAUUCUAUGAGCGAACGUCGCCGUUCUGUGGCUUCCGAUUAUGCUUCUGGUAGCCAUGAAAGUAUAUCAGCUACCAAUGAAUUGGUUAGGCGCGUGGAAAGCUUCCAACGGCAUAAAUAUCUAUGUGGUCUCUCGAAAUUUUUCCAUAAUCUGAUGCAUAAGGCUCGUCUGCCCACUGAUGUGUAUGCCUUGAUGUUCUUGUGUGAUUUCAUCAAUUUCUUUGUGCUGCUGUUUGGUUUUACAGCAUUCAGUUCAAAACUCUCUGAUGGUGGUGUCAAAACCUACUUGGCCGAAAACAAAGUUCCCGUUCCCUUCCUUAUUAUGUUGCUGGUACAAUUCAUUUUGAUUGUCAUCGAUAGGGCUUUGUAUUUGCGCAAGGCCCUUAUAUUCAAAAUAGCCUUCCACUUUAUAUCGGUGGUGGGCAUUCAUAUAUGGAUGUUCUUUGUGGUCCCAGCGGUAACAGAGAGAAGUUUCUAUGCCUCUGCACCACCAAUAAUCUUCUACAUUAUUAAAUGCUUCUAUCUUCUACUGUCCAGUUAUCAAAUCAAAUGUGGAUAUCCCACUCGAAUUCUUGGCAAUUUCCUAACAAAGAGUUUCUCGAUGAUCAAUAUGAUAUCAUUCAAAAUCUACAUGGUCAUACCUUUCCUGUACGAAUUGCGUACCAUUUUGGACUGGCUAUGCACCGAUACGACUAUGACUUUAUUCGAUUGGCUGAAAAUGGAGGAUAUAUUUGCCAACAUUUAUUCCAUCAAAUGUUUGCGUCAAAUGGAAACCGAUUUCCCUGCUGUGCGAGCUCAAAAGAAAGCUGCUUUUAUGAAACUGCUAAUGGGCGGUGCAGUCAUUCUCUUCAUAGUAUUCCUCAUCUGGGGUCCCUUAACGCUCUUCGCACUUUUCAAUGCUGUUGGCCAAUCGAAUGUGCCCACCGAGGUUAAGGUCUCGCUAAGGAUAAGUUCUUAUGAGCCCAUUUAUGUUACCAGCACACGAGAGAGCACCUAUGUGUUCAACGAUGAAAUGUUUUCGCAAAUGAAAAAUGCCUACAUAAAGGAAAGAGAAGCCUUGUCAUUUUUACUGAACUAUGAUGCCUCCGAUAUAGCUGCUAUUAAGUUAAGUGGUAAUUCACCAACUAUGUGGAACAUAGCGCCACCAGACAAGAUGAGGCUAUUGGAUGAAUUGAAUAGCAAUGCUACUCUAACAGUUCGCUUAGCUUAUGAGCUAACACGUACACCGCCCUCCAAAGGUCAAACGGGUACCGUGGGUUCGGAAAUAACGUUCCAAAUGAAUGAUACCUAUGCCUAUAGAAACAUCCUCAAGGCUAUGAUUAAUGGUACCAUAGAUACGUCAGCUAUGAUGAAUGAAUUAGCUGUGAUGCAGCAAAACGAAACAGCUGCAGCGCUGAAUGGAACAGUUGCAGCAGUGGUGAAUGGAACAACUGUAGGAUUGAAUGAAACUGCUGCGUUGCCGAAUACAACUCCUGUUGUGCUAAAUACAACAUCUAUCAAGCCUGAAGCCAUUAUACCAAAUGUAGUGCCCAAGUUCAUAAAGGUCCUCAAUUCGGCCGAUCCCAUAUAUGUAUCAGCUUUAUUGGUAGAUACAAACAACAAUUUCCGUGAUUUGGGCAUAAGAGUCCAUACGAAUAAUUACAGCUUCCAGUGGUGGGAAAUUGGUGAUCAUUGCGAUAAGGAUGAGGCUACGGAUAUUUUGAAAAAGUUGCCAUUAUAUGAUUGUAACUCUGGCCUUGUCUUUUACACCUUCAAUGACAAGAAGUUCCCUUCAACUUGGACAUUUAUAACAGCUGGAGGCAUCAUUGGUAUCUAUACUACAUUCGUUUUAGUGGUCUCGAGAUUUUUGAAGGGCUUCUUAGGCGGCCAGACUCGUAAAAUAAUGUACGAAGAUUUGCCCAAUGUGGAUAGAGUAUUACAAUUGUGCCUUGAUAUAUAUUUGGUAAGAGAAGCUUUAGAAUUCAUGCUCGAAGAAGAUUUGUUUGCCAAAUUACUCUUCCUGUAUCGUUCACCGGAGACCAUGGUCAAAUGGACAAGGCCGCGUGAAGAGAUUGCCGAUGAUGAAACGGACACAGACUCAGUGCGCAGCAGAGCCAGCGGGAGAAGGGAACAUCCCCAACAGCCACAGCAGCAACAGCUGCAGCAACAAAAUCUAUGAACACAAAUGACUGCAUCUUAAAUUAAGAAACAAACAAAAAAAUAAUUUAAUUUAAUAUUUUUUUAUAUAACAGCAAAACCCCAUUUUUUACCAACAAGCCACAUUUUCAUUGUUUCAAAAAUCCUUAGAAGAAAAAACCGAUAAAAACUGCCGAUUAAUUAACAUCUAUGUUCUAAGUUUUUUAUAAACUUCAUAGCUAAUCUUUGUUUUAAUAUUGAUGUCUAUUAUGAUUUCUGUCUGUGUAUUCUGUAUUGAUAGUAUUUUCUAUUUUUUAUAUUUCUUUUUGAAGAGUUAAGCUACAAAAAUUUACAAAAAAAAAAAAAUGUUUUUGAUUGUAAAAUAUUUAUUUCUUCCCUCCAUCUUUUGUACAUGAGCAUAUUAAAACAAAAUAAUUGUAAUAUUUUUCUACAUAAAAAAUACACUGUGUGUGUGAAUGAACAGGUAUAAAAUUAAAAAUCAAUAUAUUUUCUUUAAUUUUGAACGUUAAGCGUGCGAAUGCACACUUUUGACAUCCGUAGUCGGAUGCCAUUUCACCUUUCUUCGUUUAUGAACUAUGUUUUUGGUUUUUUUACGGUAAUUAACCCGACAACUCUACCCAUUAUUGGUACUGCCAAUUCUUCUAUACAGGAACUAUUCUUUAGCGAAGGGGGUUUUUUGUAUGAUUUUGC